CCUUGGAGAUAAACAAACCAAAAGCACCUACCCUAAGAGAAAUCAUCGAGUUCAAAAUCAGCCAAUGAAAGACCAAAUUGUUAUCUAGACAUUCCACCCUUUUGAGUGAAAAUUCUGUCAGAAAAAAAGUUUAUGUGAAUCAUUAUUGACGAAAAUGCCAGAGACUGCGAGAGCUGCCUGGUCUAAUCAGAUCGAGUUUGUCUUGACCCUGAUUGGGUAUGCUGUAGGGCUAGGGAACGUCUGGAGAUUUCCGUACCUUGCAUACAAAAAUGGAGGAGGUGCUUUCCUCAUUCCAUACUUUGUUUGUCUGGUCCUUAUUGGAAUUCCGCUCUUUUUUCUGGAAUUAUCCUUUGGUCAGUUUGCAAGCCUGGGCCCUAUAAGAAUAUGGGUUGUGAAUCCGGCAUUCAAAGGACUUGGGUUUGCCAUGACAAUUAUAUCAGCAUUAAUCGCCCUUUAUUACAAUGUCGUCAUUGCUUGGUGCUUGUAUUACCUGUUCGCAUCAAUGACGUCAUAUUUGCCCUGGCAGGAUUGCGAAAACGAAUGGAACUCGUGCAAGUGUAUUGAUAAAACCAGAAACUUUUCCAGUCCAGAUCCAUGGAAUGGAAAAAGACCCGAAUGCUUGUCCCAACUCGCAGAAAUUGUAAACGCUACCAAGAGAACACCAAGUUCCGAAUAUUUUACGGUCGGAAAGGUUGUGUACUUCACGGCCAUUUUCCCAUACAUCUUGUUGACAGUUUUGUUGGUUCGCGGACUGACUCUGAGCGGAUCUCAUGAAGGUGUGAUGUACUACCUGACCCCCGACUGGGACAAACUCACGAAAGCCAGUGUAUGGUCUGAUGCAGCAGUGCAGAUCUUUUAUUCUCUCAGUGCGUGUUCAGGUGGAUUGAUUGCGAUGGCGAGCUAUAAUAAGUUCAACAAUAAUGUCCUAAGGGAUUCGCUGGUUGUCCCCUUUAUUAAUUGUCUUACAAGCUUCUAUGCCGGGUUUGUGAUCUUCUCAGUACUUGGAUUCAUGGCAGAUUAUAAAGGCGUCGCAAUGGAUAAUGUUGUGAAAGGAGGACCUGGACUUACGUUUGUGGUUUACCCAGAAGCCCUUGCGCAGAUGCAGGUGGCUCCAUUGUGGGCUAUUCUAUUUUUCUUCAUGAUGGCCACCCUGGGAUUCAGUUCUCAGUUUUCAAUCACGGAGACAGUUAUUACAGGGAUUGUGGAUGAAUUUCCGCAUUUCUUCAAAAACAAGAAAAGGUUGAUUUUGUUCCGAGCCGGAAUUUGUGGCACUGCAUUUCUCCUUGGAUUACCGAUGACUUGCAGGGGUGGAGAAUAUACUCUCAACCUAAUGGACACAUUCGUUGGAGGUUUCCCUCUCUUAUUUGUCGGAUUAUUUGAGAUCAUCGCCAUUAUCUAUAUCUAUGGAUUUUUCCGCUUUAAGAGAGAUAUCGAGAUGAUGCUGGGUUCUAACAUUGUCAUCAACAUAUUCUUCGGCUACUUUGCGACCAUGUGGCUGUUGAUUUCACCCUUGGCACUACUGGCUGUGAUAAUUUUCAAAGCUAUUCAGACCAAACCUGCCACAGACGGAAGUUACGUUUAUCCAGACUACGGUCAAGCUCUGGGCUGGCUUAUGGUACUGGCACCAUUGAUAUGGAUUCCAGUCAUCUUCUUCUUCGAGGCCUUCAGAAAUGGUCUUGGAAAGUUACUGAUCAAAAUUACCUCUCCUGAAAAGAAUUGGGGACCAGCUUUGCCAGAAAAUCAGAUGGGAAGAUACAGCGAACAAAACAAAGCUAGAAGCGAGAUGAAAAACGGAACCAACGGUUACAUUAAAAGUCAAUCCCAACCUCCAAUGGAAAAAUACACAGCAUUCCAAACUACCGUUGUCACACCAAAUAUGGAAAUCACACCAAAUGGGAAACCAGUGCAACAUACAGUGAAGAUAGAUCAUGAAGAACAGAAUGGACAGGCAAGAGAUAAAGAAGUAGUGGAAAAUGGAACAUCGACAGUGGACCCUCAGGAACCGAAUGCUCAGUUCAGUAAUCCAACGUUUGAAAAUGAUGAGGCUCAGGUAACCAAUACUGUACAAUACUAAGAGGGACAGUUUUUAUGAAUUGUCAAGAGCAGUUGUUUGAAAUCUCUGAAUAGUCAGAUGGAAGUGAAACUAACUGUAAAUAGAUUCCGUUGAGCAUUUACAGUCUCUUAUACUU